UUCUCACAAGUCACAACCACCUCAACAAACAAAAAAAACCAUCAUCAAAAAACAGAGUCAACAAAACCUUCAAGCUAUUUCACUCACUCUCAAUCUCAACAACAAUGUCGCUGAUUCCAAGCUUCUUCGGCAACGGGCGAAGGACCAACGUCUUCGGCCCAUUCUCCCUCGAACUAUGGGACCCAUUCCAGGACUUCCCGCUGGCAAGAACCACCACCGGAGGUGGCGAGACAGCGGCGUUCGCGAACGCCCGCAUUGACUGGAAGGAAACACCGGAGGCACACGUGUUCAAGGCGGACUUGCCUGGAGUGAAGAAGGAGGAGGUGAAGGUGGAGAUCGAAGAAGGGAGAGUGCUGCAGAUUAGCGGGGAGAGGGUGAAGGAGAAAGAGGAUAAGAGUGACACGUGGCAUCGUGUUGAGCGGAGCCAAGGGAGCUUCCUCCGCCGGUUUAGGCUGCCGGAGAAUGCGAAGGUGGAGGAGGUGAAGGCGGCGAUGGAGAAUGGGGUGCUUACUGUGACUGUUCCUAAGGAGGAGGUGAAGAAGCCUGAUGUUAAGCCCAUUCAGAUUACUGGUUGAGAAGCCCAAUGUCAGGCCCAUUUCUCUUGAGCUCUUGCUGGAUCACAUGUCAUGUGGGUGUCUCCUAAUAAAAAUAUAGAAAAUGAAAUAAAUGUAUGUGUGUACCAUGUAGUUUUUUUGAAAUUUGUGUUAUGUAGUUGAGUUGGAGCUAUAUGUGAGUGACUCAACUCUAUAUACUUUGAAUGUGUGAGCUUGCUCUAUUAUAUUAAUAUUUGUAGUCUUAUGCAAAGAGUUUAUGAAUAUAUAAAAAUUUCAAGUUUCUUUUGAUUAA